CUUGAACAUUGUCUGCCUUGGAAUUGGUGUUUACAUUUUGGCGGUUGGCUACACUGAGUCGAUGCUAUAACGGACGCAACGUUCGAAUUAUUGUGACUGCAUGGUUUUUUGACUUGAAUAUUUUCAUUGCACAAUUUUAUGGAGAUAGGAGCUAAUGAACUACUUCGUUUUAUUUUCUGCAUUAUGACUUCAUGAAAUAAUAAAAUAAGAACUUGAGUCCAUGAUUGCUAGUAAACUAAGAUGUCUAAUUACAGGAAUGAUCUAUUCUGUAAAGUAAGAAAUAAAUUAAGAGAGAAAGAAAAACAUAUUAAGGAUGUAGAUAAAAAUAUGUAUUCUGACGAAGAGAUAGAGAGACCUGUUAGUGAAUCGCAAGACUUUUGUUUGAAACUAACUCCAAAUUCUGCUAUAUCUGAUUCUCAAGGAAUAAUGUCAAGUGAUGACAAAGAUGUGAUAGUGAUAAGUGACUCUAGUUCUGAUUGUUCUAGCCCUAAAACUGUUUCUUCUAAAUUUAAAUCCAAUAAAUAUUUUAAAUCCAAACGUGAAGUACAUAUUAUAGAUUCUUCAAGUACUGAGUCCACGGAUACUCAGGGAAAACAUGUUCCUAACUUACAGAAGAAGAAUAACAGACCCAAAGUUAUCAAUGAUUAUAAAACAGAUGAUCAUUUUAUUAAAAGAAACAAUUCUUUGUUUAUAUCUGACGAUACUUCAUCCAGUGCCACAGAAUCAAAUGAAAGGAAUAUUGAAAGUUCUGUUACAACUAAAACAACGUACUUUAGCUUUACCCCAGAGAAUAUGAAAGUUACAUCGAAAUGCAAUACUCAGUUGUGUAAUAAUGUAAAUGCAAAAAGUGUAUUAACUACAUAUGCUAAUAACAGUACAAAUUCCAAAAGCACUGAUGAACCUCCUAAAAGGAUAUCUAAUAAGACUCAGAGUAUUAAAAAGUUAACAAAAAAAGAUGCCAAAAAUAUUAUGAAAAAUAUAAAGGCAACAAGACAGGUUUAUGAAUCACCAAGAAGAGACAAUAAUGUAAUAAUUAAUGAGAGCAUAGACAAUGGUAUGCAUCCAGCUAUUUCAUGUAUGAUAAAUUUGAAAGAAAGUACUAAAAUUAUUGACGAAACACCAGUAAGUUCUGAGAGUGAUAUUGUUCAAGAUUCCCAAAAGAAUGUUAAAAAUGUAUAUAAAAAUCAUAUUAGUAAACUUGUACAUACUCCACGUGAGGAUAAUAUUACAAAUAAAGUAUCCACUGAAUUAUCAGAUAGGAAAAAGAAACAAAUUUCAGAAUGGCUUAUGACCAAUACUCCUGAUUCAAAAAGUGAUAACUCUUUUGGUAUGGUGCCUGCCAGUAACAAAGAUGAGAUAAGUUCUGGAAAUAGUAGUUUAGAAAGAUUAGAAAUGAACUAUGAAACCCCAAAUAAUAGAGAGAAAAUACGUCAAGUACUUAUAAAUGAAAGAAAAACAACAAAUGAAGAGUCCAAUAAAAUAAUUGUGUCUUCUGCAACAAGACAAGCUACACUUCUAGAGUACACAAAACGAUCCAAAAAUAAUGUUCUUGAACUUCGUACGUCAACAAACAAUUGUGCUAACAAUAUGAUUUCCUCUCCUGCAACAAAUCAACCACAAAAUGUAAAUAUCAUGGAUUGUGCUGAUAUAUUAGAUAAAUUGUAUGGUAAAUUAUGGAGAAAUAAGGCAGAUGAGUUGCUUCCGAAGUCUGAACCAAGGAAGCAAGUAGUUUCCACAAAAGACAGAGCUGUUCAGACAGAAAGGAAAACAGGAAAGAAAAAAAUUGUAUAUACAUCAGAUUCAGAAGAUGAAGAUAGUACUGCACCGUUAAAAAACUUAAAACCACAAAGGUCGACAACAAAAAGAAAUAUUCAAACGAAUAUUAAGGUAAAAGACAGUUUCAUUAACGAUGAAACGUCAUCGGAAAGUGGAUGUGAAAGUUCCUACUACACUGCAGUGACAAAUCCGAGAUCAUCGACAAACAAUCCAAAGCCUAAACCAACACUUCCACCACAUAUACAGAAAGUUAUAUCGCUAUGUGACACAGAUACUGAAGACGAAGAUGAAGAUAAAAAUCGUAAUAAAAUACAGGAUUUCAGAAGAAGGAAAUUGUCUUUUAGCGAGGAUGAGAGUAAAAGUUCAAGUACUAGUGAAUUCGAUCCUGGCGAUGAUGUACCAUUAAAACCUACAAGCAAAAAAGAUCUCACUAAAUCUUCACGGCAAAUAGUUAAAAAGGACCCUAUAUUUAAACCAACUUCUGACACUCUAAAAAAUGGGAAACAGGCAAGCUUCUUGGCAUCUUUAUCCGAAAAUAUUCCUUUUGCCAAUGCACAUCCAGAUGCUAAGAAAUACAGAACAAAUUACAAAGCUAAUAAGGAGAGUCUAUGCAGUUAUUUAUACAAAUUGUAUAAUGAAAAAGUAUUUAAUAAGCAAUUGCCAGAGAAUAUGAGCAUUGAGUGGAAUAUUCGUAUGAGAGGUACUGCUGGAUUUUGUUAUAAUAAGAAGUCUAUAAAACCACUUGGAGGUGUUGCAAGAUCAUCAAGAAUAGUUCUAUCGACAAAGGUGUUGGAUACACCAGACAGACUUCGAGACACUUUAAUACAUGAAAUGUGUCAUGCAGCAGCCUGGUUGAUAAAUGAAGUUUCUGAUGGUCAUGGUCCGUUUUGGACGGGAUGGGCCAACAAAGCCAUGAAGACAUUUCCAGACUUACCACCAAUUCGCAGAUGUCAUGACUAUAAAAUUAAAACUAAGUUCACGUAUAGAUGUGUCGGCUGCGGAUACAGUAUUGGCAGGCAUUCAAAGUCUUUGGAUGUUGAAAGGAAACGGUGCGGUCAUUGUUACGGAAAGUUUGAAUUACUAGUGAACAAAACAACAAAAUCUGGUACAGUUCAACUACAGACACCCAAGAGAGAACUCGGCGGAUUUGCGCUCUAUGUAAAAGAAAACUAUAAUUCUGUAAAAAAUGAGUGUAAUGUAAAGCAUGCACAAGUGAUGAAGAUUUUAGGUCAGCAAUUUUCAGCAAUUAAAAUUGCAAAGAAUCAGGGAAAUUCUGAGAAUAAUCUAGAUACUCCUGGUUAAAUGAAUUUUAAAUAUAAUGUAGAUCAUUGUUCAAAAUGCUCCAAUUUUUAACUGUUUGUACAUUUUUAACGCGGACGGGUACUUUCUGAGCACCCUAAUUUUAUACAUACAUGAUAAUUGACGAAACUGAUUUUACCAUUGCAGGCAUUGGAAUAUAAGUUUUGGAUUGAAUUUUCUAUUAUACUAAGAACGAAGUUAUAUUAAUUAUACAGAUAAAUAGAUUUUUACAGAUAGAUUGUAUAGACGCGGCAGUGGUUUGUAAAGAGUGUAUUAUAAUAUUACAAUAAAUGACAUAUAACAGGUAAUUCACGCUUAAUC